GCGCUUCCUCCAUUUUGUUGUCCGCUAUGGCGGCGGUGUCGAGUUUGGGCCCGGGAUGCGGCGCUUUUGACUGAGGGGGUAGGCCAGGCGGAGGCAUUGGGGACAUCCGCGCGGCGCAGAAGAGGACCAGCCUGGACGCCGGGGACGCUGUCAUGUACGGCGCGAGCGGAGGCCGUGCCAAAACGGAGAGGAAAAGCGGCGCGAAGGAGGAGGCCGGACCCGGAGGUGCCGGCGGUGGGGGGAACCGAGUGGAGCUGCUGGUCUUCGGCUAUGCCUGCAAGCUGUUCCGGGAUGAUGAGAGGGCCCUGGCCCAGGAACAGGGACAGCACCUCAUCCCCUGGAUGGGGGACCACAAGAUCCUCAUCGACAGAUACGAUGGGCGCGGUCACCUGCAUGACCUUUCUGAGUACGAUGCUGAGUACUCCACGUGGAACCGUGACUACCAGCUCUCUGAAGAGGAGGCACGAAUAGAUGCCGUGUGUGAUGAGGAGAGGUAUUUAGCCUUGCAUACGGACUUGCUUGAGGCGGAGGCGAGGCAAGAGGAAGAAUACAAGCGGUUGAGUGAGGCACUGGCCGAGGACGGGAGCUACAACGCAGUGGGGUUCACUUACGGCAGUGAUUACUACGACCCAUCGGAACCCACAGAGGAGGAGGAGCCUUCCAAACAGAGAGAAAAAAACGAGGCUGAAAACAUAGAGGAAAACGAGGAGCCUUUCGUCGCCCCCGUGGGGUUGAAUGUGCCGCCUGACGUGGAGCUGCCACCAACAGCCAAAAUGCAUGCUAUCAUCGAGCGCACAGCCAAUUUUGUGUGCAAACAGGGAGCACAAUUUGAGAUAAUGCUGAAAGCCAAGCAGGCCCGGAACUCUCAGUUUGACUUUCUACGCUUUGAUCACUACCUCAACCCCUACUACAAAUUCAUCCAGAAAGCCAUGAAAGAGGGGCGCUACACAGUGCUGGCAGAAAACAGAAACGAGGAGAAAAAGAAGUCGGGGGUCAGCUCUGACAACGACGAUGACGAUGACGAGGAAGACGGGAGUUACUUGCACCCGUCUCUCUUUGCUUCCAAGAAGUGUAACCGCCUGGAGGAGCUGAUGAAGCCCUUGAAGGUGGUGGACCCGGAUCACCCCCUUGCCGCGCUGGUCCGUAAAGCCCAGGCCGAUGGUCCCGCCCCCGCGCCCCCCACGGCAGAUGGCGCCGCGCAGCCCUCCCAGGUGGAGUACACCGCUGACUCGACAGUGGCCGCCAUGUAUUACAGCUACUACAUGCUGCCGGAUGGCACCUACUGCCUGGCUCCUCCCCCGCCGGGGGUCGACGUGGCCACCUACUACGGCGCCCUGCCCGCCGGCGUGGCCGUGCCCAGCUCCGCCGGAGUGACGGCCGCCGCCCCGCCGCCCCCUGGGACCACGCCCCCACCCCCCCCAACCACAGCAGAGUCGAGCAGCGGGGUGACCUCCACCAUCACCACAAGUGCACUUGCUCCCGUGGCGGCCAUCAUCCCCCCGCCCCCCGACAUUCAGCCUGUGAUCGACAAGCUGGCGGAGUACGUGGCUCGGAACGGCCUUAAGUUCGAGACCAGCGUUCGUGCUAAGAAUGACCAAAGGUUUGAGUUCCUGCAGCCCUGGCACCAGUAUAACGCCUAUUACGAGUUCAAGAAGCAGUUCUUCCUCCAGAAGGAAGGGGGCGACAGUGCACAGGCUGUGUCGGCACCAGAAGAGGCCCCGGCAGAAUCUGCCCCUGAAAAGCCAAGUGACGCUGGGGAGGACGGUGUGUGCGAAGACUCGGCCGACGCAGGAGGAAGAGGAGGCCCCGGGGGGAAGAAGGAGGCGUCGUCCAGUAAGACGGUCGCAGACGGGAAGCUGGUGAAAGCUUCAUUUGCUCCAAUAAGCUUUGCGAUCAAGGCCAAAGAAAAUGACCUCCUUCCCCUGGAAAAAAACCGUGUUAAGCUAGAUGAUGACAGUGAUGAUGAUGAAGAAGGCAAAGAAGGCCAAGAAAGUUGUAGCGGCACCGCAAACACGACCCCGGCAGUCGCCCCGCCCUGUGCGGUUGUUGAGGAGAAGCGGCCCCAGCUAACCCAGGAGGAGCUAGAGGCGAAGCAAGCAAAGCAAAAGCUGGAGGACCGACUGGCGGCCGCUGCCAGGGAGAAGCUGGCCCAGGCGUCCAAGGAAUCGAAGGAGAAGCAGCUUCAAGCGGAACGUAAAAGGAAAGCAGCUUUGUUUUUACAAACCUUAAAAAAUCCCCUGCCAGAAGCAGAAGUCGGAAAAGUUGAGGAAAAUCCUUUCAACGUAGAGGAAACCAGUACUGGGCCCUGUCCUCUACUGACUGGAGGCAGACCUCUGCCAACUUCAGACAUCAAACCCCCCGAAGGGCCCUCCAGCAAAAGUAAAGACCCCCCGAGAGAAGAAGAGAAAGAGAAGAAAAAGAAAAAGCACAAAAAGCGGUCUCGAACAAGAUCACGCUCCCCCAAGUACCACUCGUCAUCCAAAUCCAGGCCUCGGUCCCACUCGAAAGCCAAGCACUGUCUCCCCAGUGCCUACCGGACGGCGCGGCGCUCCAGGUCCCGGUCCCGGUCCCCUCGGAGAAGAGCGCACUCUCCUGAGAGACGGAGGGAAGAGAGGAGCGUCCCCACCGCCUACCGGAUGAGUAACAGUCCGGGGGUCAGCCGGAAGCGGACCCGGUCCAGGAGCCCCCACGAGAAGAAGAAGAAGAGGCACUCACGGUCACGGACCGAGUCCAAGGCCGGGUCCCAGUCGGCGUCCCCGAGCAAGCAGUCCGCACGCCGGCACACGGCCCACUCGGCCAGCAUCUCUCCCGUGGAGAGUCGGGGCUCCAGCCUGGAGCGCUCCAGGGGCGUUUCUCAGGAAAAAGACGGCCAGAUCUCCUCAGCAAUUGUUUCCUCCGUGCAGAGCAAAAUAACUCAGGACCUCAUGGCCAAAGUGAGGGCGAUGCUGGCGGCUUCGAAGAACAUGCAGACCAGCGCCUCCUGAGGCCCGGGCUGCGGAGAGCCAGCGAGCACACAGACCCGUCCGCACGCCGUCCGUGCUCCCCCGGGACGCCCCGGGCCGUCGGCGGUUUUUGUAAAUUAAUUUUUGAUGACAUUUUCAGUUUAAGAUUUUUGACCAGCAGUCUCUUACCUGUAUAUUUGUAAAUAAUAUCAUGUUUCUGUGAAAAUGUAUUAUCAAAUAAAAUGGGAGGAAAACACCUUUUCUAGCUAGCGA